GCUCCCCCCGCUUGCGGCACCGGUCUCGGGGCGUCGGGCGAGAUGGCGGCGCGCAGCCUGGGCCGCGGCGUCGGGCGGCUGCUGGGCAGCUUGCUGGUGCGCUCGGGGCAGCCGCUGCGGUCGCUGCGCUGGGUGAGCGCGCCGCGCGGGGCAGACGCCCCGCCGCCUGGCUCGUACCCGGUGCUGAGCGCGCAGGCGGCCCGGGAGCCCGCCGCCUUCUGGGGGCCGCUGGCGCGGGAGGUGCUGGUGUGGGACACCCCCUACCACACAGUGUGGGACUGCGACUUCAGCCGCGGCAAGAUCGGCUGGUUCCUGGGAGGCCGGCUGAACGUGUCCGUCUGUUGCUUGGAUCAGCACGUGCAGAAAUCCCCCGAGAGUGUCGCUUUGAUCUGGGAGCGUGAUGAGCCUGGGACGGAAGUGAGGAUCACCUACAGGGAGCUGCUGGAGACCACGUGCCGCCUGGCCAACACACUGAAGCGGUAUGGAGUCCAUCGAGGGGACCGCGUGGCCAUCUACAUGCCUGUGUCCCCCAUGGCUGUGGCAGCCAUGCUGGCCUGUGCCAGGAUCGGAGCCAUCCACAACGUCGUGUUUGCUGGCUUCAGUGCCGAGUCUUUGGCUGGGAGGAUCAAUGACGCCAAAUGCAAGGUGGUCAUCACCUACAACCAAGGACUCCGUGGAGGGCGCGUGACAGAGCUCAAGAAAAUCGUGGAUGAAGCCGUGAAGCAGUGCCCAACUAUCCAGCAUGUCCUGGUGGCCCACAGGACAGAUGCCAAGGUCAACAUGGGGCCCCUCGACGUCCACCUGGAGCAGGAAAUGGCCAACGAGGUCCCUGUGUGUGCUCCCGAGAUCAUGGGCAGUGAGGACAUGCUGUUCAUGUUGUACACCUCAGGCAGUACCGGCAAGCCCAAGGGGCUCGUCCACACCCAGGCAGGCUACCUGCUGUACGCCGCAGUGACACACAAGCUCGUGUUUGAUUACCAGCCAGGGGACGUCUUUGGCUGCGUGGCCGACAUUGGCUGGAUCACUGGACACAGCUAUGUGGUAUACGGGCCGCUUUGCAAUGGUGCCACCAGCGUCCUUUUCGAGAGCACUCCGGUUUACCCUGACGCCGGUCGGUACUGGGAGACAGUGCAGAGGUUAAAGAUCAAUCAGUUCUAUGGUGCCCCGACGGCUGUACGGCUGCUGCUGAAGCAGGGUGAUGCCUGGGUGAAGAAAUACGACCGCUCUUCCCUGCGCACCCUGGGGUCAGUGGGAGAACCCAUCAACAACGAGGCCUGGGACUGGCUGCACAAGGUGGUGGGGGACAGCAGGUGUACGCUGGUAGACACCUGGUGGCAAACAGAGACGGGCGGCAUCUGCAUUGCACCACGGCCCUCCGAGGAAGGCGCUGAGAUCCUGCCUGGCAUGGCUAUGAGGCCCUUCUUUGGCAUCCUCCCUGUUCUCUUGGAUGAGAAGGGGAACGUCGUAGAAGGCGGUGACGUCACGGGGGCACUGUGCAUCGCUCAGGCCUGGCCGGGCAUGGCCAGGACCAUUUAUGGCGACCACAACAGAUUCAUAGAUUCCUACUUCAGGACAUUUCCAGGCUACUACUUCACUGGAGACGGGGCCUACAGAACCGAGAGUGGCUACUACCAGAUCACUGGGCGCAUGGACGACGUCAUCAAUAUCAGUGGCCACCGGUUGGGCACCGCCGAGAUUGAGGACGCCAUAGCUGAACACCCCGCAGUGCCAGAAACCGCUGUUGUCAGCUUCCCCCACGACAUAAAGGGAGAAGUCCCCUUUGCCUUCAUCGUGUUGAAAGAUGAUGCCAGUGACACAGAAUCGGUGAUGAAAGAAGUGAAGUCGUCAGUGGCCGCCAGGAUCGCCAAAUACGCUGUGCCCGAUCAGAUUCUGGUGGUGAAACGUCUUCCAAAAACCCGAUCCGGCAAAGUCAUGCGGCGAUUGCUGAGGAAGAUUGUCAUGGGUACAGUCCAGGAUCUGGGGGACACCACCACCCUGGAGGACCCAAACGUCAUUGUAGAGAUCAUGAACACGUACCAGAAACACAAGGACAGGCAGGCAGCGACCACCAAGUGAAGGCGUGCAGCGCAGGUGGCUCCUGGGGUCGGGGCCAGACCCGAGCCCUCCCUGCCCUCCAGUUGGAGCCCCCAUGUGGCCACUCUACCCUAAUGUGAAGCCAGGCUGAGUUCCUUUUUCCUCCCAGGGAGAGGCAGGCUUUGUCCCUUGGCCCUGAAUUUAGUUUUUUUGGAGGUUUCGGUUCCCAGUCCCCUCCUUCCCAAGCCCUCUCGUGGCAGCACGGGGGCGUGGGAAGCCUGGUUGAGGCGUGUCUGUUCACACAGCUUAGGAUCGAAGCAACCACAUUUCACUGUAUGUUUGUAAGUGUGUAAGACAGACUUGAUUUUUUUUUCUAUUUUUCUAUGUUAGAAGGGUGAUAUGCAUUAGCCUGUGCACACUCUGGGUGACAAUGAGCGUGGGGAAUCUCCUUGCUUUGUCCCCACUCGUGGGGGAAUGUGAGUGGCUGGGAGUACACUUCCACAGAUCUGAAGGGGAGAUGUCUGCACCCCUCCCCUUGCCAACCCCUCAGCUGUUGUCUGAGCCCGCGUCCCAC